UUGCAAUGAUUGAAUCGUGGACAUGGUGCAUAUAUUCUGAUAGGGCUGCUUCUGCUGUUACUUCUAUUGGUAGAAAAUAUUGUGAAGAUGGUUAAGGCAGGGACAUGCAGUACUGUUGCUACAUACUUGAUGGCAAUUGUUUUAGAUUUUUUGUUAAAGUUUAGGAUAUCAAAGCCAUAUUAAUUCAUCGUUUCAUCCUUUUCAUUCAUUACCUACCCUCCCCCGCUACCUUUUUCUCCCCCAGCUUAGUAAAUCAUAUAUUUCUCAGUGGAGCUGAGAAUUGAUAAGUCUGCUGAUCACAGUGAUUUGGAAUUUUCCAAUCCCAGGGAAAGUUUGAACAAGGUCUAAGUUUAUUUUUCUUUAUCUAUAGAAAGUUAACUCUGAAAUGAAAAUUUUCUAUUUCCUUUUAGAUUUAAGAAUCUAUAUUUAUCCUGGGAUUGCUUUUUACACCUCAGCAGGAGGAUUCCCAUAAGAAGCAGUGUGGUAGUUCCAGAACAGUUAAAACACCUUUGGAGUGUUAUAGCUGUUAACUCCCAUGCCUAAAACUUAAUUCCUUUAUUUUCUCUUCACCAUAUUUGAGCUCAGCUUAUUUUUCCUGUUAAUUAGAAGUAGUUUUAACCUGCCUAGUGUCAUCUGACAUACGGGAUGCUGAUUUUACCAAAUACUUUUUCCUCAGGGACUGCACAGGACUGAAUCCAUAUGGAAGAAGAACUUCCCCUUUUUUAUGGAGAAAGUGGCAAGCCAGUACAGGCCACUCCGUCAUCUCUGAAGAUGUUAGAUGUGGGGAAGUGGCCAAUUUUCUCCCUUUGUUCUGAGGAAGAGCUGCAGUUAAUUCGUCAGGCCUGUGUCUUUGGAAGUGCUGGCAAUGAAGUUUUAUAUACUACAGUGAAUGAUGAGGUUUUUGUACUUGGCACAAACUGCUGUGGCUGUUUGGGCUUAGGUGACGUCCAGAGCACCAUUGAACCUCGGAGACUGGAUUCUUUAAGUGGCAAAAAGAUAGCCUGCCUCAGCUAUGGGAGUGGUCCACAUAUUGUUCUUGCGACAUCAGAAGGAGAAGUCUUUACCUGGGGUCAUAAUGCUUAUAGCCAGCUGGGCAAUGGGACAACUAAUCAUGGUUUGGUGCCCUGUCAUAUCUCUACUAAUUUGUCCAACAAACAAGUGAUUGAAGUUGCCUGUGGGUCUUACCAUUCUUUGGUGCUAACAUCUGAUGGAGAAGUAUUUGCCUGGGGUUAUAAUAACUCUGGGCAGGUAGGAUCUGGAUCAACAGCUAAUCAGCCGAUCCCUCGAAGAGUCACUAGCGGCUUACAGAAUAAAGUAGUUGUGAACAUAGCGUGUGGGCAGAUGUGCUCCAUGGCGGUGGUGGACAAUGGGGAGGUUUAUGUCUGGGGUUACAAUGGAAAUGGGCAGCUCGGACUUGGCAGUAGUGGCAACCAGUCCACCCCCUGUAGACUAACUUUGCAAGGUGUUCGUGUCCAGCGGGUUGCCUGUGGCUACGCACACACAUUAGUAUUAACAGAUGAAGGCCAAGUAUAUGCUUGGGGUGCAAAUUCUUAUGGCCAGUUGGGCACUGGCAAUAAAAGUAACCAGUCCUAUCCUACUCCUGUUGUUGUGGAAAAGGACAGAAUUAUAGAAAUUGCAGCCUGCCACUCUGCCCACACAUCUGCCGCCAAGACCCAGGGAGGGCACGUGUACAUGUGGGGCCAGUGCCGGGGCCAGUCCGUGGUCCUGCCUCACCUCACCCACCUCUCCUGCACAGACGACGUGUUUGCCUGCUUUGCCACUCCCGCUGUCUCCUGGCGCCUCCUCUCUGUGGAACCUGACGACCACCUCACAGUAGCUGAGUCUCUGAAGAGGGAAUUUGACAACCCCAACACCGCAGACCUGAGAUUUCUGGUGGAUGGAAAGUACAUUUAUGCACAUAAAGUCCUUCUCAAAAUUAGGUGCGAGCAUUUUCGUUCUUCAUUGGAUGACAGUGAGGAUGAUAUUGUAGAAAUGAGUGAAUUUUCAUAUCCUGUUUACCGAGCCUUCCUGGAAUACCUGUACACAGACAGCAUCAGCCUUCCCCCUGAGGAGGCAGUAGGAUUGCUAGAUUUGGCUACAUUUUAUAGAGAAAAUCGUUUGAAAAAGCUCUGCCAGCAAACUAUCAAGCAAGGCAUCUGUGAGGAGAAUGCCAUUGCUCUGCUCUCUGCUGCUGUGAAGUAUGAUGCUCAGGAUUUGGAAGAAUUCUGCUUCAGGUUUUGUGUAAACCAUUUGACUGUAGUAACACAAACUUCAGGCUUUGCAGAAAUGGACCAUGAUCUCCUGAAGAACUUUAUCAGCAAAGCAAGCAGAGUUGGAGCCUUUAAAAAUUGAUCCUCACCUGCAGGAAAACAUUUUUAGCAUUCCUGUCUUCCCUUUAAAAGCCAGAGAAUAACUUCUCUUUAAUAGUAUUAAUAAUGAGCUACAUUUGGCUGAAUACUUACGUUCUGUCAAAAGAGGGGUGGUGGUCAGUCUUCCCCAUCUGCUGAAAUCCAGAGUUAUAUAAAAGGCAUUAAACACUCUGAUCAGAUGUGACUAAGCUCCAGGGAAAACAAUUAAAAUGUCUUAUUAUAUUUACCAUUUCCUCUUUUGAGUCACUUAAGUUGGACACUUUUGGCAUAUUGGUCUAAGUAUAUGCUAGUCUGGUCGAAUGUUCUGUUAUUCAACAGGCUGAUAUUGCAUAGAUAAUGACAAGGAAUGCUGUCACCACCACAUUUUCAGCAUCCAGCACAGUGCCUUGCAUAUAGUAGGCACUCAAUUAAUUUAUUAUAAAUCUUAAGUAUGCCCUGAGAAUAACUUUUUUUUUGUAGGAUAAAUUUAAAACAGCAUGCAUCUGUUAAGGUUCAUAUUCUUCUGGUGCAUCGUUCUGAGAAAUAGUGGCUAAUUUAGAGCAUUAAUUAGAAUUCACAAAAGACCUUGGCAAAUAAAUUGUCAAAGGCCUAAGGGCUAACUUUAAUUUUCUAUUUACUCUGAGUCAUUGAUUUCGCUUAUGGGAUUAUUGAAUAUGAACUACUAUCUUUGAAUGAAUAUUAUUUCUGGGCUCACCUGCCUUACAUAAUUGCAAAAUGUCCUUUGCCUUUGUGUUGAGAGAUUUGCCUCUGUAUAUAAAAAUGUUUGUGUUUUUCUUGUAAUUGACUUUUAUGUCACUUUAAAUCAAGUCUCUUAACCUGGUACAGUAUAAUUAUAAAAUCCCAGCUGAAAAGGCACUAAAACUUACAUUUCAUAUACAGCAUUAAGAAGAAUGAGAUAAAUUUAUACUUUUUAGAUAAAAAACAAGUUACCCAACUGCAAAAUAAAAACUGGAAUGAGAUAUAGGAUAGUAUCAGAUCCUCCUAAUACGUUUCACAAUAUGAUAUUAUGUAAAGAAAACUCUUGGAACUAGAAACCUUGUUCUGAUACUGAACUAUUUGAUAAUAAAGUGUUUAUUUGAAUAUAAUAGA